AUGAACGAUGAUCGCGAGGAGGAGGAAGAGAACGGUGGUGAGAAUUGCGCCGCGCUCGUAAUAGAAGAGAUCGAGCGAGAAAUCGAACGGGCGAAAAAACAAACGUUUUCUUCUUCGCAUGUCGUUCAUUCUGUAACUCCGCGUUUCGGAUCAGAUCAGGAAGAAGAGGAUACCACCAACAAAAAGAAGAAGAAGGAGGAGGACGAGAACAACAACGAGAAUAAGAGCAGAGAAGAAAGGAACAGAGCGAGAAGAGAGGCGGUCGAAUGGAGGCGGAAGAAGAUUGAGGAGAAGACGUUCGAUCCGAGAGCGGCUUUUCGAGAGAGAGUGAAGAAGAAGAAGAAUAAAAACGAUGAGAACGAUGAGACUAUAGGAGGUGAUGAGAACGAUAAAUGGCAGUCGCCAAGCGUGGUGAUGCGGAGACGAAGAGAAAAGAAUGUUACGGUUUCAACCAGAAAGAAGAGCUGGACGGAAUUGGAAACCGAAUGGAAACUGUUUGAAGAGAAAUGGAAAGACUCUCGCGGCGACGACGAGAAUGAAAACGAAAACGAGAAACAACGAAGACGCGUUUUACGUUUUCAGGACGUCCCAUUUCCAUCCUCCGGAGCCGGUUUACUCACGUUCUUGAUUUCUAACCACGGUCCGUUUUCUGAGGAUGAAAACGGGAGGAAAAAAGCGAAGCGGGAACUCGCAAAGAGAUGGCAUCCGGAUAAGUUUGCGCAAAAAUUUUCGAGACUUCUCAAAGACGAAGACAAAGAAGACGUGAUGGAGAUGGUGAAGGAAAUUUACCAAUCUGGAACGGCGUUGAUGAAUACGCUUUCCUGGGACGGCUGA